GAAGUUACCAAACCCGAAGACGGAAACCAAACCACCCCAAUUCCGUCGGCCGCACGGACGGAACCCACCAAAUCGCAUCGUCUCGACCACCCUACCACCACCACUCCGCCGCCGACGCCGCGCCGCGCCGGGCCGCUGCCACCGCCUGCCUCUCGCUGUUCUCCGCAUGGCCGCCUCGUACUACGACCCGCCACAGCCCCACUCCUCCUCGUCCUCCUACCCUCCGCCGCCUCCCCCGCCGGGCACCUCCCCGUACGGCGCGUACCGCCACGCCUACCUGCCGGCGCCGCCGCUCCCCGCCGCUUACGGCGCCUACUACGACCGUGCGGAGCAGUUCCUCCCGCAGCGCGACGAGCUCCGCACCCUCUUCAUCGCCGGCCUCCCCAGUGAUGCCAAGCCACGCGAGGUCUACAACCUCUUCCGCGACUUCCCCGGAUACGUCUCCUCCCACCUCCGCUCCGGCAAAUCCUCCCAGGCGUAUGCUUUUGCUGUGUUUGCAGAUCAGCCAUCCGCAUUAGCUGCCAUGACUGCCACUAAUGGAAUGAUAUUUGACCUUGAGAAGAAUUGUUCUCUCCAUGUAGAUCUUGCAAAAUCCAAUUCAAGAUCCAAGCGCUUGAGAUCAGAUGAUGCUUCACCUUAUUCUUCUGAGAAAAAGAUUAGAAAACCAAGGGGAUUUCCUGAUUCAGGUGCUGGAAGCAAUAUUCACAUGUCUGGAAUGGGUAAUUCUUCACACAGCUUGAAUGGUUAUCCUUCAGCACAAAGUUACACAAACCUCGAGUCUAGUAGUGGUCACAGCAAGGACCCAUCCACAUUUGCCCCUCAGAAUAAUCCUCCAUGUCCAACACUCUUUGUUGCGAACCUUGGUCCAACUUGUUCUGAGCAAGAGCUAAUAGAUGUUUUCUCAAGUUGUGCGGGAUUUGUGAAGCUAAAGAUGCAAAAGAAGCUUGGAGCUCCAGUUGCAUUUGUUGAUUUCAAGGAUGUGAACAGUUCAACUGAAGCACUAAAUCGUCUCCAAGGAGUUAUCCUGUAUUCAUCACCUGGCGAGGGAAUACGUUUAGAAUAUGCCAAAUCACGGAUGGGCCUUCGUAAGGGUGACAAGCGCCCUUAAGUACAGCUGAAGGAUGGGCCUUCGAAAGCGCGAUAAGCACCCCAAAGUACAGCUGAAAGAUGAGGAAGCUGUUGUUUUUCAUACAGCACAAAGUGGCAGCUGAGCAUGAUCAAUGAUGUUCAUUCAUGACUGGUUGUGCUGACGCUGUCUAGUCCGAUGACAUAUUUAUUCAGCUAAUGUCUUGCCCAUGACGAUGUUAGGCUAUGGAGGUCUUUCAAAUGCAUGAACGAUGUAACUGGGUUUGGUUGUAUCACUUAUUAUUGUCUAUACGUAUCAUUUGUUUCUCCGGAUCC